AUGUCUGAUGAACCUGAUUAUUCAUCGUUGUCCCUAGAGGAAAAAUUGGAACACAAAUUAUGGAAGGCUAGACUCCAGGCGUAUGAGGAGAUCACCAAACAGUGUCAAAAUUCACGUAAUGAUCAAGAUGAAUGUUUUGAGAAACUUAAUACAAAGCCAGAAAUAUUUAAAAAGGCAGUGGUUGAUGCCAAUGUCGUUGCACAAGAAUCGGGUAUUCAAGCAUUAUCUAGUUUCUUGGAAUUUGGAGGGAAUGCAUCCAAUGCUCAGAGAUUGAAAUCUUCUGGAGUCGUAACCUCGCUAUGUGAGAAAGGGUUGUCCUCGUCUAGGGCAGGAACAAAAGCCAAGGCUAACGAGUGUUUGUUGUGGUUUGUUGAGCUUUCUGAGGAUCCUAAUAAUGUAGUUGAAGACAUAUUGCCCUUUUUAAAGCACCGUCUACCAAAAUUGGUAGCAGCUUGUGUGGGUGCAUUACAUGUAAUAGUGGAGAAUUUUGGAUGCCAUUCAGUGGUAUCACCAAAACUAAUAAUUCCAUGUCUAGGAAAACUUUUUGCCCAUGCAGAUCGAAAUGUAAGGGCUGAGACUACCAAAUUGACAGUCGAAUUAUAUAAAUGGAUGGGUGGUGCAUUAGAAACGAUUUUAUUUCCUGACUUAAAGCCUGUGCAACAAAAAGAUUUAGCAAAAGCAUUCGAGCCAUUGCAGAACGUAACACCCGAGCAAAAAAGAUUCACUAGAAGCCAACAAAUUGAUAUAAAUAGACGCAAAGAAGAAGAGAGCAGAAUGGAGGCUGCUGGCAACGAGGAUAUUGAAAUGAAAGACGCACAAGAUGAUAAGUCUGAAGGGCCACAGUUCGACCCUUUUGAUUUGAUUGAACCUGUUGAAGUAUUGUCAAAAUUACCAUCUGAUUUAAAUGCCAGAAUAUCUUCUACCAAGUGGAAAGAUCGUAAAGAAGUAUUGGAAGAAGUGCACGCUGUGUUGGAAAAAGCUGCAAAACUAUCUACAAAAGAUGACUACUUGGAACUUGUAAGAAUUUUUGCAAAAUGUAUGAAGGAUGCCAACAUUCAAGUGGUUCAAUUGGCUGCAAAUUGUAUAGAGUUUCUAGCAAAAGGUUUGAAAAUUGAUUUUCAAAGAUAUCAAUCGAUUGUUCUUGGACCGAUGAUUGAAAGAACGAAAGAGAAAAAGGCUUCAGUUGCUGAUGCUUUAAACAAUGCAAUGUUUUCUAUAUUUGCUUCUUCUACUUUGAGUGAUAUAUUAGAUGAGACGCUAGCCGGUAUGAAGCAUAAAACGCCACAAGUCAAGAUUGCAUCAACAAGCUUUUUGCAAAAGUGCUUAGCAGCAACUAAGGUGCCACCUAAGGCUUCAGAUAUCGGAAACAUCAUGGAAUCAGGUGUUAAAUUGUUAAGUGACUCACAAGAACCCGUGAGACAAGCCUCCACUGAGAUGAUUGGAACAUUAAUGAAAAUAACAGGAGAAAGAGAGCUCAAUUCAUUCUUAGAGAAGGUUGAUGAUAAUAGGAGAGCAAAAGUUACGAAAUUCUACGAGGAAGUGGAAGUUAAUUCUAAGAUGGGAGCUUCUCAUACUUCAUCCGAGACUAAAAAUAUAGCCCCUUCACGAGAUGGUGGUGUGAAUAAAUUAACGAGAACUAGAACUGGUCUUUCAUCCAGCUCUUCAACUGGUACCAAGAAGCUUAGUUUAUUAUCUGGCACUACACUUAAAAAGUCCUCGCUAGAUCAGCAUUCCAACUCAACAAUUCCAUCCAAACGUCUUGCGACAUCACCUGCAAAAAGGUCUGAUGAAGCAUCGAAAGUGACGUCAAUUGGACGAGGGUUGACAGGAAGACCGUUAACAUCCAAUACACCAUCGAUGAGCGCUACUUCUACUGCAAAGCCAGUCAAUAGCUUAUCUUUCAAGGAAAAAGAGGAAUUACAAGCUUUGCGUAGAGAGAAACAACAGUGGCUAGAGAAACAAGAGCAGGUGCUACAAGCUCAAGAACGAACCAACGAAGAAAAAUUGAACCUAACUCAAGAAAUAGCACAACUUAAUAGUAAAUUCGAAAAUAUACUGAAAGAUCACACCAAUGCCUUGCUCAUGGUCAAGCAGAAAGAAACCCAAAUUCUCCGUUCAAACAGUGACUUAGAAAAUGCUAAGUUGAAGAUACGAGAUCUUGAACAAACCAUAGAAAUGAUGAAAUUGCAACAAAACUCUUACACCGGCCAACAGCUGACCCAGCCAGCCAAGCAUUCGUAUAAUUCUGCUUUCAGUUCGUCGUCAACGUCACCAUUUGAAACUAAGCAAAGGUAUCAGCCAUCAGAAGCUCCACCUACAGAAAGUCGCAUAUCAUCCGGUGAACUUAGUACUCGGGUGAAUAGAUUAUCGAUAGAUGGCAAUCCACAGAUUGAAACCUCCGGAAACACCUACAAUGGUAAUUCAUACAAUCGAUUCAGCAGCCCACAAAAAAUGGCAGAUAAUACAAACGUGUAUACAUCCAGUUUGACUAAAGAUUCGAUGAUAAAUACAAAUGAUGACAGCUGGAGGAGAGCAGCAGAAGUAACCUCGCAGCUAAAGGCAAGAAUAGAGAAGAUGAAAGCAAGAUCUAGAAGCGGAAUGUCUAAUUUCUCUUAG